GUCCCGCCCGCCCGGUUUGAGCGAGGAGGGAGGGGGAGGGGGAGGGGCGGCGGUUGACGGUCGGAUGCCGGACGCGUCGAGUUGUCCAUCCCAUUUCUCGCCUCACUUCAUCUCAUACUCGUACCGUAGCGUCUACUUCUUCAUCUUCGUCGUCGGCGGCGGUCCAAUCUCCGGGUAGAAGCCAUGGAGCAACCGGGCUGCUGAGGGAGUCGAUACCAGGAGGAAAGGCAGGGAAAAGGGAGCGGGACUCCUCCCCGUGGGUUAAAAAAAAAAAGGCCCCGAACUCGCCGCCAUCGCAGGUAGUUGACUGUUACGUGGUAAAACUAAGGAACCAUUUGCCCUAAUCAAGGUGCAAAUCAAGAAACGGUUCAAGAAUAUUGCCAGCAGUAAGGACAAUGUCAGAUGAAGGAACCAUGACUGCACAAGUCACCUUGGAAGAUGCCUUAUCCAAUGUUGACCUUUUGGAAGACCUACCACUGCCAGACCAGCAGCCUUGUAUUGAACCACCGCCUUCCUCACUAUUAUAUCAACCAAAUUUCAACACCAACUUCGAAGACAGAAAUGCAUUUGUUACGGGUAUUGCCAGAUACAUUGAGCAAGCAACAGUCCAUUCUAGCAUGAAUGAAAUGUUGGAGGAGGGUCAAGAAUAUGCUGUUAUGCUGUAUACUUGGAGAAGCUGUUCAAGAGCCAUUCCCCAGGUCAAGUGCAAUGAACAGCCUAACAGAGUUGAAAUUUAUGAAAAGACAGUGGAAGUUCUUGAACCAGAGGUCACAAAAUUAAUGAAUUUCAUGUAUUUCCAGCGUAACGCAAUUGACCGGUUUUGUGAUGAGAUGAAGAGACUUUGUCAUGCAGAGAGGAGGAGAGACUUUGUUUCAGAAGCUUACCUUCUCACACUGGGCAAAUUCAUUAAUAUGUUUGCAGUAUUGGAUGAGUUGAAAAACAUGAAAUGUAGUGUGAAAAAUGACCACUCGGCAUAUAAACGAGCUGCUCAGUUUCUUCGUAAAAUGUCAGACCCGCAAUCAAUACAAGAAUCUCAAAAUCUCUCCAUGUUUCUUGCAAAUCACAACAAAAUUACGCAGUCACUCCAACAGCAACUUGAAGUCAUUCCGGGUUAUGAAGAGCUUCUUGCUGACAUUGUAAAUAUUUGUAUUGAUUAUUAUGAGAACAGAAUGUACCUGACUCCUGGUGAAAAGCACAUGCUGCUCAAGGUGAUGGGCUUUGGUCUGUACCUCAUGGAUGGAAACGUUAGCAACAUAUACAAGUUGGAUGCCAAGAAACGAAUAAACUUGAGCAGGAUUGACAAAUUUUUCAAGCAACUGCAGGUUGUACCAUUGUUUGGUGACAUGCAGAUAGAGUUAGCCAGGUACAUCAAGACAAGUGCUCAUUUUGAGGAAAACAAAUCAAGGUGGGCCUGCACAUCACCGAGCAGCAGUCCUCAGUAUAACAUUAUUGAACAAAUGAUUCAGAUCAGAGAAGAUCACAUGCGCUUCAUCUCUGAGUUGGCCCGCUAUAGCAACAUUGAGGUAGUCACAGGGUCAGGAAGGCAAGAUGCUCAGAAGACUGAUGCAGAAUACCAGAAGCUGUCCGAACUAGCUUUACAGGGAAUGCAGCUGCUGUCCCAAUGGAGUGGUCAUGUUAUGGAAGUGUACUCUUGGAAGCUUGUGCAUCCUACUGAUAAGUACUCCAAUAAAGACUGUCCGGAUAAUGCAGAAGAAUAUGAGAGAGCAACAAGAUACAAUUACACAAGUGAAGAGAAAUUUGCACUUGUCGAGGUAAUAGCGAUGAUAAAAGGAUUGCAAGUGCUGAUGGGUAGAAUGGAGAGUGUGUUCAAUCAUGCAAUUCGACAUACCAUUUAUGCCGCACUCCAAAACUUUGCUCAGAAAACGCUUCGUGAGCCUUUACGCCAGGCCAUCAAAAGGAAGAAAAAUGUGAUCCAAAGUGUUCUUCAAGCUAUUCGGAAGACUAUUUGUGAUUGGGAGGUUGGUCAAGAGCCAAUAAAUGACCCUGCCCUCAGAGGAGAAAAAGAUCCCAGAGGUGGCUAUGAUAUCAAGGUUACUCCUCGAGCAGUUGGACCAUCCAGCACCCAGUUGUAUAUGGUGCGCACCAUGGCAGAAUCAUUGCUAUCUGGGGAGCUAGCGAAGCAGCUAAAAUCUUUGGGGCUGGAAAAAACACUCAUUGCGACGAACACGUUUCUGAGACGUUCCUACAUCUAUCCAACCAUUUUAAACUUUGGUGAAACACUUCAGCAGUGCUGUGACCUGUCUCAGCUUUGGUUCAGAGAGUUCUUUCUUGAAUUGACGAUGGGUAGAAGAAUUCAGUUUCCUAUUGAGAUGUCAAUGCCCUGGAUAUUGACUGACCAUAUUUUGGAGACCAAAGAAGCAUCCAUGAUGGAAUAUGUAUUGUAUUCCUUGGACCUGUACAAUGACAGUGCCCAUUAUGCUCUCACUAAAUUCAAGAAACAGUUCCUUUAUGAUGAGAUUGAAGCAGAGGUGAACCUCUGCUUUGACCAAUUUGUGUACAAGUUGGCUGACCAGAUAUAUGCUUACUACAAGAUUCUGGCAGGAAGCCUCCUUUUGGACAAGAGGCUGCGAGCUGAAUGCAAGAAUCAAGGAACUAAUAUACCAACGCCUCCAUCAAAUAGAUAUGAGACUUUAUUGAAACAAAAACAUGUACAGCUGCUUGGUAGAUCAAUAGACCUGAAUCGACUGAUCACUCAAAGAAUUUCAACAGCAAUGUAUAAAUCAUUAGAAUUGGCAAUUACACGUUUUGAGAGUGAAGAUCUCACCUCCAUUGUGGAGCUUGAAGGACUAGUGGAAGUCAAUCGUAUGAGUCACAAGCUGCUUAGUAAAUACCUCACCCUGGAUAGUUUUGAUGCAAUGUUCAGGGAAGCCAAUCAUAAUGUAUCAGCACCAUAUGGAAGAAUAACCCUUCAUGUUUUCUGGGAGCUCAAUUACGAUUUCCUUCCAAACUACUGUUACAAUGGUUCCACGCAAAGGUUUGUGCGCACUGUUCUGCCCUUCUCUCAAGAAUUUCAAAGAGAUAAGCAACCAAAUGCACAUCCACAGUACUUAUAUGGAACUAAGGCUCUGAACUUGGCGUACAGCAGCAUUUACAGCAAUUACAAGAACUUUGUCGGCCCUCCGCAUUUUAGAGCAAUUUGCAAGCUCAUGGGCUAUCAAGGAAUUGCCGUAGUAAUGGAAGAACUACUGAAAGUUGUUAAGAGCCUGCUACAAGGAACCAUUUUGCAAUAUGUGAAGACUUUAAUGGAAGUGAUGCCUAAAAUCUGCCGUUUACCCAGACAUGAAUAUGGCUCGCCAGGAAUUCUGGAAUUCUUCCACCACCAACUAAAAGAUAUUGUGGAAUAUGCAGAACUGAAGACUGUAUGUUUCCAAAAUCUACGAGAAGUUGGAAAUGCUGUUCUCUUUUGCCUUCUUAUUGAGCAGAGUCUGUCUUUAGAGGAAGUUUGUGACUUGCUCCAUGCAGCACCUUUCCAGAAUAUUUUGCCUAGAAUCCACAUCAAAGAGGGUGAGAGGCUAGAUACAAAGAUGAAGAGACUGGAAACUAAAUACGCCGCACUUCAUCUUGUCCCUCUGAUAGAGCGACUUGGAACACCUCAGCAAGUUGCAAUUGCUCGUGAAGGAGAUUUGCUGACAAAGGAGCGCCUCUGUUGUGGACUGUCCAUGUUUGAAGUGAUUCUGACAAGAAUUCAACUAUUCCUGGAUGAUUCCAUUUGGCGAGGACCUCUUCCAAGUAACGGAGUAAUGCACGUGGAUGAAUGUGUGGAAUUCCACAGACUCUGGAGUGCCAUGCAGUUUGUGUACUGUAUUCCAGUAGGGGCACACGAAUUCACUGUAGAGCAGUGCUUUGGGGAUGGACUGCACUGGGCUGGCUGUAUGAUCAUAACAUUGCUUGGACAACAACGGCGCUUUGAUGUCCUUGACUUCUGCUACCAUCUGCUGAAAGUUCAGAAGCAUGAUGGCAAAGAUGAUGUCCUCAAAAAUGUGCCUUUGAAGAAAAUGGUCGACAGAAUUCGCAAAUUCCAAAUUCUCAAUGAUGAAAUCUUUGCUAUCUUGAGCAAGUACCUAAAGUCAGGUGAUGGUGAAAAUGUCCCUGUGGAGCAUGUCCGUUGUUUCCAGCCACCUAUUCAUCAGUCACUGGCAAGCUCCUAAUAUAAGGCACUAGGGGCGGUGGAAGUAAUCGAGGGAUAUUUGUAAGAGAACUGUGUUAUUGUGAGCACCUGAAUAAUCAACUGCCUGAUCUUCUGCAUUCUAAUAAUGGGAAAUGAUUCAAUAUUUAAAUUGCUGUGUGAUUUUGUUUAUAAAUGAGAACAGUUUUUGUAUUAGAUGAGGGUUUUAUGGAUGAUCUUACCAUCAAACACUACCAGCAAUAAAGUACCUGGAAGGAAUUAAAAAUAGUAAAAACUGGUUCGACAUUUUAACCGCAAAGAUUUCUUGAAAUAUAAAAAAAAUGUAUCAGACUAUGACUUCUUUGUAAUGGCAUUGUUAUAAGGAUAUUAACAUUUUUGUUCAAAUCUAUAUAUUUUACACUAGUCUACAUUGAUAGUUUACUAGUGCUGUACUAAAAUGUUUUUUUCCCACUCUUCCAGUAAUAUUUUUGCUUCUAAUUUUUUUUUGUAUUGCGGCUCAUUUAUACUAUUUUCCACUGUUUAUAGUUACAAGAAAUUUUAAAGAUGAGUGAUGAAAUUUUUUGAAAUGUUUACCAGUUUAUAUGGAAAAAUAAAUAUUUCGGCAUCUAAUUUGACGACUCCUGCAAUUUUGCCAGCUUUUCAUUUGAACUGCAUGCAGUUGUUAAUUUAAUCUGAAUCAAAAAUGUUUGGGGUUUAUAGCUAUUUUAUUUUAUCUCGAGAGCAUCAAGAGGAAUGUUUGAUCACAAUUUAGUGAUCCUAUUUACAAAAUUAGACAUGAAUGGAUAUAACAUUAGAAUAGGUUUCUGUGUAGUUCUGAUUUACCCCUUAUCACCAAAUAGUCUGUUGGCAUUCAUUGGAAGUUUAACUUGGAAAAAUAGGAAUUGUCAAUAGAAUGUGGUACUAAAAGUCCUUGAUGUAAAUCAGCCCCUUCAAUGGACUAAUAGGGAUCUAUUUUAAUUACUGGUUAAUGUUUUGCCACCUUUAUACAUAAUUUAUUUUUUUAAAUGGCUCGACCAAUAUUCCCCAUCGAAGCUAGUCCUAUUUGCCUGAGUUGGCAUAUAUCUCACUGUAUGUAUCAUAAUCAUGUACCUGUCCAAGUGUCUUUAAAAUACUGUUAUAUUUAUCAAUUAGAAAUGUCCUUGUGGGUGACUGCGUCUUACAAUUUGCCAUGUGAAUUUUAAUUUCUAUCAUGCCCUUGGAACAAGUGAAGAAAUAAACCUAGAGUACAGGCUUCCA